AACUUAAAUGACAGGUCAGUGAGCCAAUGGAUAGACAGUAAGCGCAGAUGCCCUCCUCCAAUCAUUUAACAGGAACGGUUGCGGUUGCCGGGUCUAGUCGAAGCUUCUUCCUCAUGAUCGAGACGUGUAUUUUCUAUACUUAAAAAGACUUACUUCAGUUUGUGUACAAUGGGUCGCCGCAAGUCCAAAAGAAAGCCCCCUCCUAAGAAGAAGAUGACGGGUGAUCUGGAGUCUCAGUUUACCUGUCCAUUCUGCAACCACGAGAAGUCAUGCGAUGUCAAGAUGGAAAGGAGCAGAAAUACUGGUAUAAUAUCAUGCACAGUCUGCUUGGAGGAGUUCCAGACCCCCAUUACCUAUCUGUCAGAGCCGGUUGACGUGUACAGUGAUUGGAUAGAUGCCUGUGAAGCAGCCAAUCAGUAGCCCUGGUGGAGCUGGAUGUCAUGUUUCAAGAGAGAGAUGAAGUGGCUGCUGGUCCUCGGCUCGUUACGGUCAAGUCGGUCAGAAGACAUUUAUGAAACUUUUAUGAUAGCAGGUUUCCAUAUGGUCACUUGAGCUUUACAGCUGUGUGAAACUUGACUUAAAAGAUUUUCAGCACAAAGUGGCUCCAGGGGGUUCCUGCUGUCUUCCGACUUCUCCACUUUAUAUUUAAGCCACAACUCAUUCUGGUAUUACAUAAUUUGCUGUAUUCACUGUAUCCUGGUUUAUCUUCACACAUUGAGCAGGGCUUUCUGUUUUGUUUUCCUUUUUUUUGGGAUAUAGCAUAGUCACGCCAUUAAAAAGCAGUUGUUGAAAUUUCAGGAAAAAAAAAGUGUCCUGCUUUGUAUUUUGUGUUUAACUGCUAGAUACUGUUAGCUGCACAAAUAGAAUUUCAUAUAAGAGGCCUGGAAAGUAAGAGAACGGGCUUCCAUUUUGGUUUUUUGAAUGUGAAAAUUGUUUUGUUAGCAUGGUGAGAACGAGACAUGUGAAUAUAUGGAGCUUGACAGAAACAUGUUAAAAUCAUUCCCUACGAUACACUCUGAAACUAGCAGCAGGACCUGAAUUUCCAGGUAGGCUGCACAGUUAAGGCACAAUGUAGCCCCAGCUCUCCUCAUCCCCAUAAAGACGGCUGUGUCACAGCUGCUCUUUCCACUGGAGAGGGGAAUGAAAAUGGGUUGAAGCUUGGCUGAUAUGGCAUAAAGUUUUGAAUUAUUCUUAAAUCGUUCAGUUUUACAGUUGACUGAUGUUUUUAGUUUACAAGAACUAAAAAUUUUCAAGUAAAAAUGAUGUUUUUUCAUAACCCAUAUGUACAGAAUCAUGGAAUCUUACCCUGAAAUCAAGUGUUAAUAUCAGGUGCUUUUCACCUUUUAUCAGGUGAUUUUCCUUUGCAACAGCCAUAAAUGUUGAAUGGUAUAAAAAGCAAUCUGUUUUGUUUUUUUUUAACAUGAAAUUGAUGAAUGAGAUCUGGGAAAUAAAGAAGCAAUAAGACUUGAUACCAGUUAAA